CCCGGCCCCUCCCCCCGCCGCCGUGGCCCGGCCGCUUCUGGCUGGCGGCCCGCGGGCGGGCCGUCCUCCCCGCCUGUAGCCCACCUCCCUCUUAAAGCCGCAGCGGGAAGAUGAGGUUUCGGGAGCCGCUUCUGGGCGGCAGCGCCGCGAUGCCCGGCGCCUCCCUGCAGCGGGCCUGCCGCCUGCUCGUGGCCGUCUGCGCGCUGCACCUCGGCGUCACCCUCGUCUACUACCUGGCCGGCCGCGACCUGAGCCGCCUGCCCCGGCUGGUCGGAGUCCCCACGCCAGUUCAGGGCGGCUCGAGCGCCGCCGCCAGCGGGCAGCCCACCGGGGAGCCCCGGCCCGGAGGGGCCCGGCUGCCGCCUCCUUCGGCCACCUCCACUCAGCCUCGCCCGGGUCGCGACUCCAGUCCUGGUGCAGAUUCGGACGCCGGCCCCGCGAGCAACUUGACUUUGGUCCCAGUGUCCCCAACCAAAGCACUGUCGCUGCCCUCUUGUCCUGAGGAGUCCCCUCUUCUUGUUGGCCCCAUGCUGAUUGAAUUUAACAUUCCUGUGGAUCUGGAGCUUUUGGCAAAGCAGAACCCAGAGAUAAAAAUGGGCGGCCGCUACACCCCCAAAGACUGCAUCUCUCCUCACAAGGUGGCCAUCAUUAUUCCAUUCCGCAACCGGCAGGAGCACCUCAAGUAUUGGCUGUAUUAUUUGCACCCAAUUUUACAGCGCCAGCAGUUGGACUAUGGUAUCUAUGUUAUCAACCAGGCUGGAGAUAGUAUGUUCAAUCGUGCUAAACUUCUCAAUAUAGGCUUUCAAGAAGCCUUAAAGGACUAUGACUACAACUGCUUUGUGUUCAGUGAUGUGGACCUCAUCCCGAUGGAUGAUCAUAAUGCCUACAGGUGUUUUUCACAGCCACGACAUAUUUCUGUUGCAAUGGACAAGUUUGGAUUUAGCCUACCUUAUGUUCAGUAUUUUGGAGGUGUCUCUGCUCUAAGUAAACAACAGUUUCUUGCCAUCAAUGGAUUUCCUAAUAAUUAUUGGGGCUGGGGCGGAGAAGAUGAUGACAUUUUUAACAGAUUAGUUUUUAAAGGCAUGUCUAUAUCUCGCCCAAAUGCUGUGGUUGGGAGGUGUCGCAUGAUCCGCCAUUCAAGAGACAAGAAAAAUGAACCCAAUCCUCAGAGGUUUUCCCGAAUUGCACACACAAAGGAGACAAUGCACUCUGAUGGAUUGAACUCACUCACCUACCAGGUGUUGGACAUAGAAAGAUACCAAUUAUAUACCAAAAUCACAGUGGAUGUUGGGACAACAAGCUAGCGUUUUGGUACAAAUAAGAGACUGAAAAUGGCCAGAGACCUCUGCUGUGUGUCUUUGUCAGUCUGUUGGGAUGGUCCCUCUCAUUUGUACAAUCUGAAUAAUAAGUCCCCUCCCUCAUCAUUCGGACACCUUUCCAGAUGAGCAGAAGGAGUGGAAUAUUUUGUCUCCAACUUGGCUUGGCAUGUGACUUCUUAGCAGUACAAAGUGUUUAUCAGUGUAGAAGCUGUCGGUCUUUGGGGGCUUCUUGACAUGUUCACAGUGUCACCCAAAGCCUCAGAACUGUGCACAGCUCAAAAUUGGUGACUGUGGGACUCAGUCCCACUGAUGAAACUGCUAAAUUGUGAAAUGGGUAAGAAUUUUGCUUUAAAUUGUGAUGUUUUUAUUACUUCAUGAAAAAUUGGAGUCUGCUGCUGAAAUUGGUUGGUAUGAUAUCUUUUGGUUGUAAAGUUUUAACAGAAAAACACAAAAUCUCAACAAGUUUCAUAUUACGUCCCCUCCCUCACCCUCUUUCAGUGGUAUGCAAUCACUGUGUGUUAUGUGUGACUUUUCAUAGCAAAAGAAUUUUAAAACUUGAGCCUUGAACCUUUGUCCUGCUUAUGUAUGAAUCUCAAGGCAACUUUAGCCAUCAGAGCAAAGGCCCUGGGUAUUUAAUCUCACUUACAGUGCCUAUCUUCAAGUUGUCUGAUUUCUGAAUGUAAAGUUUUUUUUUUAAAGAAGCAACUUGUAGUAUUUUUAAAAACAAAUCAAAUUCUAAUUAUGGUCUAGCUUGAUUUUGUGUUGAUCCAAAUUUGCAUAGCUGUUUAGUGUUAAGUUGUGACAAUUUAUUUUUCUGGGCAUGUUAUGUAAACUUGAAUUUCCUAUGUAUUUUUUAUUGUGGAGUUUUAAAUGUGGGAGAGGAUUGAACAUUUUUUAGGAGGAAAAAAAACGUGUCCUGUAAUGGCCACAAAUAGGCCUCUCAGGGGACUGGGGAUUUAGCUCAGUGUUUCCAGCGCCUGCCGAGCAAGCAAGCGCAAGGUCCUGAGUUCAAUCCCCAGUACCAAAAAAAAAAAUGGGCCUCUUGAUUUAGCUGGCAGGCCAGGUUUUAUGAAGAGCAAAAUCACCUUUGGAUCUUUUGAUGUGGGUAAGGCCUUCUGGUCAGCAUUAUCCUGCCAGACCUCUGGGGCAGAGACCUGAGAGCCAGGCUCAGCCUCCUGGGCAGAACUCUCCACCUCCCCCACCAUCCCCAGGUGGGCCUCCCAUGACUGACCCCAUGAGGGCUUAGGUAGGCUGUGGGCUUGUAAAUAACAGCAGUCGGUUGUUUACCACCCCCUAGCUCCUCCCCAGCUGGAGGGAACCUCUGUUCAGGCUGAGACUGCCUUCCCAGAGCCUCUGUGGCCACACUCCUUGGCUUACCCUGCAUUACCAAUUCUCCUUCCUUCCUGCCCUGCCUUUCUUCUUUCUUCCUCUCCCGUUUAGUUCCUUUGUCUCUUGCCUGUUCCCUAAAAUUUGCCUGUGGCACUCAGGGUCAAACAGACUAUUCAUUCUCCAGCAUGACUGUGCCUUUUAAUUAGUGAUCUAGAAAGUUCAGCUGUACCCACACCCCCAGCUCCCCCUGAGAACUCUGGUGCCUAAAGCCUCUCAUCCCCCCUCAGGGUUUUAGCAGGUGCUCCCACCCCUGUGAAGCCCAGCCACAGGGGCCUUCACAAACCCACCUCUCCUCCCCUGGGAUGUGUAGCAGCCUGGGAUGAGAUGGCAGGAGGCACUCCUACCACAAAAUGCCUCUCCAAGAUCCAUCCUGGGCUUAGGUCCUAAGGUUCAGCUGCUUAAUCCUAGGCUUGAGGCUUUUGCCCUGGCAGGCAGGACCCAAGCUACUGCCCUCCUGGGGACCAGCCCUGAGUGUAGAGGCUGAGCUGAUACCUGGACCCUAAUUCUACCUGUGCCUUUAUCAUUUUGAGCAUCUUGAAUAUUGACCUGGUUCUUUUUUUUUUUAUUUUCCAAAAGUCUUAGUAUUGGUUAGACAUUAUCUCCCUCUGCAGAAGCAGCCAGGCCUAUGCAGAGUAUUCCUCCAUCGGUUCCCCAUGCCUUAAAGUGAUGUUAUUAAAACACAUUGCACUGGGCCGGGGAUUUAGCUCAGUGGUUCCGCCACCUGCCUUGCAAACGCAAGGACCCAAGUUCGAUCCCUGGUACAAAAAAAACACAACACAUUGCACUGACAGAGAGAUUUGAGAAAUGCAGAAGCCUUUCUGUUCCUAGAUCCUGACUUUUCCAAAGUGCCUUAAAAGAAAGGAAACAAAUGCCCUGAAUGGUGACUUUUAAAUUAUUUCCUUCACUCUUAAAAUUCUGCAUUUUCUUGUUUCUUUCUUUCCUGUUGCGUUUUCGUUGAUAUGAGUAUGUGGUUCAUUCUCAGAACCAAGGGAAAUUCUGCUUCACCUGUACCCCCUACUUGCUGACUUUCCAGGGCUGUCAGGGGAUAUCCCCAAGCCCAAGGACAUUUUCCCAGCCCAUGAAAUGCUGUGGAUCUGGUUUCCUCGCUGGAAAUUCCAGGGCUGAGAAUUCAGGGAGCAUUUCCUUCUCCUAGGAGUUACUACCAUGGAGUUGUCAUAUGCUGUGCUUUUCUCUGUGUUCACCCUGUUGCUGGUGACUCCAUGUGAAGUGACCUUUGGGAAAGAUCAAAGUUGGCACAGGAGAGUAAAGAAGAUGCUGUACUGGUUUUUAGCCUGACCAGAGUCUCCGCUGACCACUGCCCUGGGUGUGGGGUGCCCCAUACAACCAGGAAACAACUUUCAUGUCCUCGAGACCUGUUGUGCUAUGUAUUUUUAUUUCUUGAAUAUGCAAAUAUGUGUAUUUUCUGUGUGGGGGGGACAAUAUCUGACCUUGAUGUACAGAACAGACAAUUGUAUUUUUGCCUGUGAAAUCCAGUAAUAUAACAUGAAUAAAUGCCCCUAUCUUUGUAA